AUGAAGGCUUUCUUUCUUUCUAUUCUUUGGCCUGCUGUAGCCAGCGCUGCGGCCUGCAAACAACAGCCCCCUAAGUCGAAAGCCGCUUGCAAGCUGGCUGCUAUUGACAACGUGGAUUCAAGUGUCGGCUUCGACUCCAAUAGAGACUGUGCCUCAAGCACCGGAACUCUCAACGGCUUCAUGAUCUUUGUCGACUUUUCCGAUGCCCAACCUGCUCAAAGCGAAACGCCCCAAUCGCUCUAUGACGCCGUGGUUCCUCAGACUACCGAAUGGUACAAGCAGGCCUCUCACAGGGCUCUGUCGUUCAAUGUCACAGCUGAUCUGUCCAAGUUCUAUCGCAUGCCUGCAUCUGCUGCAUCUUAUGGCUGGGAACGAGGUCUCACAUGGGCAGAACAUCAAGAAUACAUCCAAGACGCUCUUGACGCCUAUACAGCCAAAGGCACUCGCCCCCCACCCCCCGAGUCAGAUGUACUCUAUGUUGUUCCUGUAAAUAGCGUCGGUGGUAGAGGAAUUUCUCGAUCCAUUACCUUCCUUACACGAGCCAGCACCAGACAAGGUGAUUAUGUUGCCAGGAAGACCGUCACUGUCGGAACCGACGCGUUUACAACUUGGGGGCCGAAAAGCUGGAUUGCCUUGGCUCACGAGACAGGACACACCAUGUGUUUGGCCGAUUACUACCCGUUCGAGGAUCUUGGCCUGGGUUAG